UCCUCCUCCUCCUCAUCUCUCCUGAGGGGCCAAGAUGGCGGCCUACUUGCAGUGGCGGCGCUUCGCCUUCUUCGACCGGGAGACGCUCGUCCCGCCCGACGGAAGGAACGUCCUUUUGCCGCCCGGAAUCACCGUCUGCGACUCGGGACGCGGCAGCCUCGUCUUCGGGGAUAUGGAAGGUCAGAUAUGGUUCUUACCACGUUCACUGGAACUCAGUAGCUUCCAGGCCUAUAAACUGAGAGUGACGCACCUCUUCCAGCUGAAGCAGCACAGCAUCUUGGCUUCUGUGGGCGAAGACGAGGAAGGAGUUAACCCUUUGGUCAAAGUCUGGAACCUAGAGAAGCGCGAUGGUGGGAAUCCUCUGUGCACUAGGAUUUUCCCUGCAAUUCCUGGCAACAAGCCCACAGUUGUGUCCUGCCUCACAGUCCAUGAGAAUCUCAACUUCAUGGCUAUUGGUUUCGCUGAUGGGAGUGUGGUGCUCACAAAAGGAGACAUCACGAGAGAUCGGCACAGUAAGACUCAGAUACUUCAUGAGGGCAGUUAUCCAGUUACAGGCCUCGCCUUUCGCCAGUCUGGAAAAACAACCCAUCUCUUUGUUGUCACCACUGAGAACAUCCAGUGUUACACGCUCUCAGUAAAGGACUACCCACAGCUUGAGCUGGACACACGGGGCUGUGGUCUGCGCUGCUCCACACUCAGUGAUCCCUCCCAAGACCUCCAGUUCAUUGUGGCAGGAGACGAAUGUGUCUAUCUCUACCAGCCAGAUGAACGUGGGCCCUGUUUUGCCUUUGAGGGCCAAAAGCUGAUUACCCACUGGUAUCGUGGAUAUCUUGUCGUUGUGUCCAAGGACCGGAAGACAUCUCCAAAGUCUGAAUUUGCUGGGAAUGACCCACAAAACUCUGACAAGCAAAUCCUGAACAUCUAUGACUUGGGCAACAAGUUCAUUGCAUACAGCUCCAGCUUUGAUGAUGUAGUGGAUGUCCUGGCUGAGUGGGGGUGCUUGUAUGUGCUGACUAGAGAUGGGAAGCUCCAUGUGCUGCAGGAGAAAGAUACGCAAACCAAGCUCGAGAUGCUCUUCAAGAAGAACCUCUUUGAAAUGGCCAUUAACUUGGCCCGGAGUCACCACCUGGACAGCGAUGGCUUGUCUGAGAUCUUCCGCCAGUAUGGAGACCAUCUGUACAACAAGGGCAACCAUGAUGGUGCCAUUCAGCAGUACAUCCGCACCAUUGGGAAGUUAGAGCCAUCCUAUGUCAUCCGUAAGUUCUUGGAUGCUCAGCGGAUACACAACCUGACAGCCUACUUGCAGAUGCUGCACCUGCAGUCUUUGGCUAAUGCUGACCACACAACGCUGUUGCUGAACUGCUACACGAAGCUGAAGGACAUCUCCAAGCUAGAAGAGUUUAUCAAGACAAGCGAGAGUGAGGUGCAUUUUGAUGUGGAGACAGCCAUCCGGGUCCUGCGCCAAGCAGGCUGUUACUCCCACGCCGUCUACCUGGCUGAGAAGCAUGCACACCACGAGUGGUACCUCAAGAUCCAGCUGGAGGAUAUCAAAAACUACCAGGAGGCUCUGCGCUACAUUGGCAAGCUACCCUUUGAGCAGGCCGAGAGCAACAUGAAGCGCUAUGGCAAGAUCCUUAUGCAUCAUGUUCCACAUGAGACAACAGAGCUCCUCAAGGUCCUGUGCACAGACUAUCGACCAGCAGGAGAUCGCGAGGGCCCUGGAGGGCUGGAAGGAAGGAAGGCCAACCCUGAUGAGUUCAUUCCCAUUUUUGCCAACAAUUCCCGGGAGCUAAAGGCCUUCCUGGAGCACAUGUCGGAAGUGCAGCCUAACUCUCCGCAGGGAGUGUACGAUACCCUUCUGGAGCUCCGCCUCCAGAACUGGGCCCAUGAGCAGGAUCCACAGGCCAAAGAGAAACUGCACAAUGAAGCCAUUUCCUUGCUGAAGAGUGGGAAGUUCCAAAGUGUCUUUGACAAAGCUUUGGUGCUGUGCCAGAUGCACAACUUCAAGGAUGGCAUCCUAUACCUCUAUGAACAGGGCAAGCUCUUCCAGCAGAUCAUGCAUUACCACAUGCAGAAUGAGCAAUACAGGAAGGUGGUGGAGGUCUGUGAGCUGUAUGGAGACCAAGAGGCCUGCCUGUGGGAACAAGCCCUUGGCUACUUCGCCCACAAGGAGGAGGACUGCAAGGAGUACAUCACAGCUGUGCUCAAGCACAUUGAGACCAAGAACCUCAUGCCACCUCUGCUGGUGGUGCAAACUCUGGCUCACAACUCCACGGCUACCUUGUCCGUCAUUAAGGAUUACCUGGUCAGCAAACUGCAGAGGCAGAGCCGACAGACCGAGCAGGAUGAGCAGAGGAUUCACAAAUACCGGGAGGAGACCAAGAGGAUUCGCCAAGAGAUCGAGGAGCUCAAAAUGAGCCCCAAGAUCUUCCAGAAGACCAAGUGCAGCAUCUGCACCAGUGCCCUGGAGCUGCCCUCGGUGCACUUUUUGUGCGGCCACUCCUUCCACCAGCAUUGCUUUGAGAGCUACUCGGAGAGCGGCUCAGAGUGCCCCACCUGCCUGCCGGAGAACCGCAAGGUCAUGGACAUGAUCCGUGCUCAAGAGCAGAAGCGAGACUUGCAUGACCAGUUCCAGCACCAGCUGAAAUGCUCCAACGACAGCUUCUCCGUGGUUGCAGAUUAUUUUGGCCGGGGUGUUUUCAACAAACUCACCCUCAUCACAGACCUCCCUCCAGGAAAGUCUGCCUCAGCCCUUGAUGCAGGCUUGCAGCGGGACCUGCUGAUACACACAAAGCGGAGCACCUAGAUGCUGGUGGAUGGAUCGAGCGUCCCUUUGUCCUGGGAUCUCUUAGCCUUGCUGGUUAUGGCCUGAGCCAACAGGGGAUGGAAACUGGCUCAAGGUGGGCCUUCCUCCUGUCCUGGGAGCCUGUGGAAUGCUCAUCAGGAUAUCCUUGUAAAAACUUUGUUUGCCAUGAAAGACGUUAAAUAAUUUGAAAUGGGGAAGGUUCUUCUUGCUUCCCUCUUUGCAUUACUGUAUCUCUGCUCACCUGCAAAGCCACAGGAUGAAAUUGGCCUCUGCAGGCACAAGCCAGAGACUGGGGACAAAGGUGGUUUGGGUGACAAAACUCUUGAGAACAGCACCAUCCCAGGGAAGUGUGGCCUUUUCUGUGACUCGGGAGGCAGACUUCCUUCCCUGUUUCAUCAAGUCUUACUGUAUAAUGGCUCUGGGAAAGGGUGCCAGGUUGGGUUUCAUGCCUGAGCCUCUGUGUGCUACUGUAACUCUGACCUGGAAAACAAACCUCAAACGUUUUGUCUCCUGGGGCUGAAUACCUUGCCCUGUGUGAGGAGCUGGAGGAGUAUUGCCCUAGUAAGGCACAAGAGUGGAAGUAAGCAUGGGGCAGUGGAUGUGGGAGCGGAGGAAGGGGAAAACAAGUUGGGUUCGAGUUGUAAAUAGCUUCUGACACUAAUACCCCAGUGUAGUCCUUCCUUCCUUCCUUCCAUGACAUAAAGCAUGGCUUGAAGAGUA